GUGAUACGCUGAGGCUUUUGGCCUGAGCAGCAGCAGGAUGGGUUCACUGUCAGCUUGGGGAAAGUGUGAGAACGGAUUUAGGGUGGCAGGUGAGGGGUUUGGGACUUCAGUUUGGGACAUUAAAAUUGUUGCAUAGAAAGUAGGAAAUCUAGAGCCUGCAGUGGAGGCGACAGGUCUGGGCGGGAGGUGGACAUUGGGUGUUCCAUGUCGGAGGGUAUUGAAAGCCCAGAGAUUGGAUGAACUUGCCUGGUGAGUGAGUGUCCGUAGACACGGUCUGCACUUGAGCUCAGGGUGCGUUCGUGAGUAGUGAAGGAAAAGCCCAUGGAGAGAGGAGGCUCUGUUAGAGACGUUAGUGCUGGGGUACCUGGCACAUGUGUCUGUGGGGUCCUAAGUAGGUAGUUGAUAUCCGGGUUCAGUAGUCCAAGGAGAGGUUAAGGCAGAUGAUGCAUUUUGGGUUAAAUUAAUGGAGAUUUUAGAGGUUUUAGAACUAAUGGGUGAGAGUCCCUAGGAAGGGUGUGGAUGAGAAGUGGAGGGCCAAGGACUCAUUCCUGGGUCAAGCCAGACUCUCAGAUUGAAAACAGCGAGGCCGGUCUGGCAGUGAGGGCUGAGAUGGAACCCCCGGCAGGUGGGCGAUGAGCCUGGCCCCUAGUGAGAAAAGGGCGUUGUCGAGUGCUGCCGCGGACUUGGGGGGCUGAGCGUUGGCUUUGGCAUCCGUAGGGGUCAGCCAGGAGUCUGACGCGGUGGUGCGGAUGAAGCCCAGGGGGAGUGGCUGGGACAGUGUGGUGGUCUUCUGGGGCUUUCUGGUAAAGGACUUUAAGGUGACCCGUCCGAGACGAGAUGCUGGAGCAGCCGGCGAGAUGAGUGUCCACGGUGGAGUGCAUCAUGGAAAGAUCCAAAGAAAACUGCAUUUCAGGGCCUAUUAAGGCUGCAGCUCUCCUCGGUGAUGGCCCAAAACGCGUUCCAGUGACUCAGCGUUUUCCUUCUCAGAAUCCGGUGUCUGCGUGUAGUGGCCAGGCCGAGCGGGUCUUGUGUCCUUCGAAUUCCUCCCAGCGGGUCCCUUCGCAGGCACAGAAGCUCCUCCCUGCUGAGAAGCCUGUGCAGAAGCUGAAGCAGGCACAGGCGGCCAGUGUGCCUCGACCUGUCUCCAAGCCACCAAAUAACACCCCGAAGAGCGAGCAGCCCCCACCGUCAGCACCCGGAAAUAAUCCUGAAAAGGAACUGACAUCAAACCAGAAAAAUGAAGAAUCUAAAAAAAGGCAGUGGACUUUGGAAGAUUUUGACAUUGGUCGUCCACUGGGUAAAGGAAAGUUUGGUAAUGUUUAUUUGGCAAGAGAGAAACAAAGCAAGUUUAUCCUGGCCCUCAAAGUGUUAUUUAAAGCUCAGCUGGAGAAAGCAGGCGUGGAGCAUCAGCUCCGAAGGGAAGUGGAAAUCCAGUCCCACCUGCGGCAUCCUAAUAUUCUCAGACUCUAUGGCUACUUCCAUGAUGCCACCCGAGUGUACCUGAUCCUGGAGUAUGCACCGCUUGGAACCGUCUACAGAGAGCUUCAGAAACUUUCCAAGUUUGAUGAGCAGAGAACUGCUACCUAUAUCACCGAGCUGGCAAACGCCCUGUUGUACUGUCAUUCAAAGAGAGUCAUUCAUAGAGAUAUUAAGCCCGAGAACCUGCUUCUUGGAUCAGCUGGGGAGCUGAAGAUUGCAGACUUCGGGUGGUCGGUACACGCUCCAUCCUCCAGGAGGACUACGCUGUGUGGCACGCUGGACUACCUGCCCCCCGAGAUGAUUGAGGGCCGCAUGCAUGACGAGAAGGUGGACCUCUGGAGCCUGGGAGUUCUUUGCUACGAGUUUUUAGUUGGGAAGCCUCCUUUUGAGGCAAACACAUACCAAGAGACCUACAGAAGAAUAUCACGGGUUGAAUUCACCUUCCCUGACUUCGUGACAGAGGGAGCCAAGGACUUCAUUUCGAGGCUGCUGAAGCACAACCCCAGUCACAGGCCCACUCUGGCAGAAGUACUUGAGCACCCGUGGGUCAAAGCGAAGUCCUCGAAACCCUCCAGCUGCCCAGACAAGGAGCCUGCCAGCAAACAGUCUUAGUGGUGCAGGGGCAAUCCUCGACCAGGGCUGCUGCGCAACCCAUCUGCCAGGAACACGCUGUGGAGUUUGUCCUGCGGAGCACUACAGGGAAUGCCUGCCUUGCUGGGCGGGCGCGCGGUGCCCCCGCCUCUGCCACCUCCUCCAGCUCUGCUUCAGUAGACACACACUCUGGAGUGAAAGCAGCCACGAGUCGUGCGGCUUCUACUGAUUUCACCGCCUGGAGGCAAGGUUUGACCGCAUCUGCAGUCUGUGCUGGACAAGGGGUCCCUGUGGGAGACAAACUUGGUGUCUGCUUGUGGGCAGGUGACCACUUGCCCUGACUUGAUCGGCUACAUAGCUGCACAGGAGCCUUGCAAGUACCUGAGUGUCUGUAACUUAUUGGGUGGCUGAGGCCGCUAGAGCUGUUGGAAUGAAUAUGUGAUUUCUUUUAAGUGCUAAAAUAAAGAUUUGCAGAUCGACGUGGAGUUUUUCUCCUGUGGCAUCUCCCCGGUGCUCUCCAUGUCUGUCAGUGCGGUUUCUGGUCCUCGGUCACCUUGGGAGUGGGAAUGUGUGCUCUACCUCGAUCUCAGGACUUGCUGGGGACACAGAGAAUAAGUGUCUUGGAGCUGUUUUAAAUGUUAAGGGCUCACUUUUCUGCAUCACAGUUAUGGCAUAUGUGUAAACUCUAAAUACAUAAAUAAAAUGUCUACCUACAGUGCACGAGUAAUCCUUUUCUACCAUCCGUUCACUGCUUGCCUGCAACGUGGCUGGCGCAGUGAGAGGAGCGAGUCCUGGCCCUCUUGUCUGCUGGAGAUGCCCAGAUAAAGUUCACAGCAGUGAACACCGUCCGUCCGUGCCAGGUAUGAUGGACUUGAAGAAAAGGUGCAAGUGUGGAACUUAGAAUUAGUUCAGAAAUGUGCUUUUGUGGCCAGCUGCCCAUGCAGGAGGCCAGCUGUCAGUUACGGUGGUACAGGAGAGGGAGGGCGACACAGAAACCUCAGACAGGACUUGAGUGGCUUCCUAAGCUUGACAGAGAUGUUUGCACCCAAUUUAAGCUGCCUGUUUUGUCAGAUUGAAAAAAGAGGCAAAUAAUGGCUUACGUUUUUUAAAAUAGCUGUUUUAUUUCCUAGUUCCAUAUAAACAAUGAAUACAAGCAGUCUGUACAUCUUGCUGGUGAACUCCCACAGUAGUUCCCUGGUCCUCCCCGGGGUUUUCAGUUAUUGGUGUGGCCACAGGAGUGGGGGGGGGGGGGGGCUGGGGCUGGGAGACGGUGAUAUGGCUGUUUGCUAUUAGUCUUAUUGCUUGUCCUUUGAGUCCACUCCCAUUACUUCCGAGUUUGAGAUUUAAGCCCUUAAUCUAAAGACCUCUUGUAGGCUUUUUUUUUUUUUUUGCAUAGGCAUUCCCAGGGAUCCAAAAGGGAAACUGGCAGACUGUGGUUAGGAGCCGGAAGCUAACAAAUCACUGCUUAAACACAGGAUGGGAGGCAAAAGCUCUAUCCAGUGCAAAAGCCAUCGCCUGGUAUGGGCCCUGGCACUCUCAGCUGCAAGGUCCCUGGAAUUAGAUCCCAGAAAGGCAUUCCAGGUUUACGUCAUUAAACCUUCUGGCAACGGGCUGACUGGCUUAGGAAAAGAAGUGUGGUCCAAUGUUAAAUUAAGGUCAGUGACACGGACAGCUGGACGAAGUAAGGAACUGUCAGCAGUCAGAUCUCAAGACCAGGGCAGGUAAGUUUUCUGAUCGCCACAGUGUAACCUGUAAAGGAACUAGGAGCCAGGAAGGCCAGUGCAGCUCAGUUCUGCUUCUGGGAGUCUGGAGCGAGCGCCUGGCGGGGCUGGGAGGAGAGACUUAAAUGAUGUGGGCAGGAUGGAAAUUCCUUUUCCAUCUGCCUGCUCCUCCCGGAAGACGACUCAGUGGGUCUCUAUGCUUGAAUUUCUAUUCUUAACACACACCCCCUCCCUAAUGGGGUAAAGCUGGCUUGGUAGCCUAUAAUUACACCUGCCUGUUCCCCCUUCCUCUCCAGUCUGAAUUAUUUCAUGGUUGCCUCCCAGUGUUAGCAAUGGGUGAAUCUUCCUUUUUAGGAGGUAGUACAAAAUCUUUCUGCAUAAUUAACUAAAAAAAGUGAUAGUGUAAACAUUGAUAGUUCUGGAAUGUCGAGUUUGAGAUAAAGUGGAUUGUCUGAGAAAAGCUAAGAUCACCUUAGCUUUCUGUAUGUGUGGUACCCAGAUUGCUCUGUGAAGGCAGGCAUAGGAGCCACGUGCUGCCAUUACUCUUGGCAGGGUUCCCAUGUUUCCCUAAACAGGCAAACAGUGCUGAUCGCUGGUAGCGAGGUUGCUGGAAAACCAUCAGAUAGGGCCUUACGUCCAGAUUGGAAGGUGUUUCUAGGAACACUUGUUUUUCUUUACUCGAAACAAGUGUAAUGAAUGUGAUGGUGCUAAUUUGGAUCCUGAUUGCAUACUGUUAAGUUUCACUUCAUUCACUGUAGCACUGGCAGCUGUUUUGCAGAAUACUGCAUAUUAAACUGCAGGCAGCUGACAAACAUCAGAUGAAGGGGAACCUUUACGUUAACUCAUUUGCUUAAGGAUUUGAGCAAGGAUCAGCCCCUUGGGGCUUUUGCAGGGCCCCUGACCAAUGAUGUCCCAAAAGGAACACCUCUUAGGCUUUGUGUUGAGAUGUUGGCUCAUCUGCGAUGUCUUGCUGACAUUUAAAAUUAUAUAUACAAGUCGUAGGAUAGGCAGCAUAAACAAAACUUAUGAAGCAAAAACUAUAAUUCAAAUCCUGACUUUUGCUGGCAAAGGUAAAAUUCAUGGGAACACAAUUAGAUCUGUCCCCGCCCCCACCCUAUAAUGCUAAAACUUAUCAAAAC